CGUGCUCGAGCCGGAAAGCAGGCAGCCACUUCGGAGCCGGCGCACUUUUGGGAAGCGCGUCUGCGCCCGGAAGGUUCGCUGCGCCUACUGCGGAGAAAGGAAGGCAAUGGGCAAGAACAAGGCGAAAGGCCAGAAGCAGAAGAAUGUAUUCCAUGUGGCCAACAAAAAAAUAAUGAAGACUAAAAGUAAAACAAAGCCAGUGACAACCAGUCUAAAAAAAAUCAAUAUUGUGAAUGAUGAAAAGGUCAACAUGGUAAAUAAGGUAUUUACAGAAGUACAAAAAGAAGUUAAGCAAUUAUCCAAAGCCAUUCCUGCAGCCUCUUCAAAGAUGAUUCAGAUCCCCAAGCCUCUGGAAGGUGAAGCAGCUAAUGUGGAUGCUGCUACUAACUUACUGUCUCAACUGUAGUGUCUACGUCAACAUCACAUCCCCGGUACAAAGCAAAAGGGAUAGCUUACAAUGCUGGAAAUCAGUUUGUAUGCUUGUACAAUCUUGGAAAAAAUAACUAGAAUUACUACGAUGGAAACUGAAAACUACACAAGACAAAAUGUGGCAAUCUUCCGGCAACAGAGGAAUUGUUCUAAGAAUUCUUUAAGACCAAGAACAUUCCUACCCAUAUUGUGGCUAUGCAGAUGUAGAGGGCCAAAUAAUUUCCCAUUUAAAUUAACAGCAGUAAUACCAAAUGUACUUCUAAAGUGAAACCGCGUUUUUAAAAACUCAUCACAUAAACUCCAAUGUAAAUGAUAAAUUUGUAAUAUUUUUUGUUGACGUGUUAAAUAAAUAUAAGAUGGAAUUUACAAAUAAAGCAUUUACUGAA